GCCUUUUCCAAGAGGUCCUCUGCUUUAAUCCGACUUGACAUCACUUUGACAAGCCUCUGUUUGCAUUCCUCCCAUACAGCUAAUUGGAAACAAAGCACAAACCAUACAAGGAACUGACUGAUGCAAAUCACUGCCGGCAUACGUUUCUACCAAACACAUUUAUAAAGAUUUCACAAACUGUCCAAGUACAGACUGCCCAACACCAGCAGUAGUUUGUGUCCUUUUACAAGGAAAACCGAAGGCUGAGCACUGAUCAACAUAAAAUGGCAGAGAAUCAUGGCUUGAUGGAGAGAUUGGAGAAAGCAGUGACUCGACUUGAAUCAUUAUUUUCAGAUUCCCAGAGAUCUGGUGGAAUGGAGUGUGAUGCGAUGAACGGUGUCAAUGGAAGCAUAGCUCCAUACGUGGAGGCCUUUGAUAGGCUGCUGAAUGGAAGUGUUGCUGAGUUUCUCAGGUACAGCAAGAUUCUUGAAGGCGAUGUGAAGACACAUGCAGAGAUGGUACGUGCUGCUUUCCAAGCACAGAGAUCUUUCCUGGUGUUAGCAUCUCAAUGUCAAGAGCCUCAAGAGAAUGAAGUGGCAGUGCUUCUCAAGCCAAUAUCAGAGAAGAUUCAGGAAAUACAGAACUUCAGAGAAAGAAACAGAGGAAGUCAAAUGUUCAACCAUCUCUCAGCCGUCAGUGAAAGCAUUCCUGCGCUUGGCUGGAUCGCAGUGUCUCCUAAACCAGGCCCUUAUGUCAAGGAGAUGAAUGAUGCUGCCACCUUUUAUACUAACAGGGUAUUAAAGGACUACAAGCACAGUGAUACACGUCAUGUUGAUUGGGUGAAGUCCUACUUGAACAUCUGGUCUGAUCUUCAAGCAUAUAUCAAAGAACAUCAUACUACAGGUCUCACCUGGAGUAAAACUGGUCCUGUCGCAUCACCCACGUCUAUGAGGUCUGUCCUAACCAGUGGGUCGUGCCCCUCUUCAACACCUCCUCCACCACCGCCUCCCCCAGGACCUCCCCCCAUCUUUGAUACAGAAACCCCCCCAAAGGAUGAAGGAACGGCAUCUCGCUCAGCCCUGUUUGCACAGCUUAACCAAGGAGAGGCAAUUACCAAAGGGCUUCGCCAUGUCUCUGACGACCAGAAGACUCACAAGAACCCCAGCCUACGUGCCCAAGGUCCACCCACUCGUUCUCCCACGAAAAGCCAUACUCCAAGUCCCACCUCCCCCAAGAACUCCCCGCAGCAGAGCCAUGCCCCCGUCUUGGAGCUAGAGGGGAAAAAAUGGAGAGUGGAAUAUCAAGAGGAUAAGAAUGACCUGGUCAUUACCAACACUGAACUCAAGCAAGUAGCCUACAUCUUCAAGUGUAACAAGUCUACACUUCAGAUAAAAGGAAAGAUCAAUUCAAUUACUAUUGAUAACUGUAAAAAGUUUGGCCUCGUGUUUGACAACGUUGUGGGAAUCGUGGAAGUGAUCAAUUCCAGGGAUAUUCAGAUUCAGGUGAUGGGGAAAGUGCCAACCAUUUCCAUCAACAAAACAGAAGGCUGUCACAUCUACCUCAGUGAGGAAUCAUUAGAUUGUGAGAUCGUGAGUGCCAAGUCUUCUGAGAUGAACAUCCUCAUCCCCCAAGAUGGCGAUUAUAAAGAAUUUCCGGUUCCUGAACAGUUCAAGACAGCGUGGGAUGGAUCCAAGUUGGUCACUGAACCUGCCGAGAUCGUGGGUUAACCUGACAGCACCCGGCGCUCACUGACCGCGAUCAGACCACAGCCAGCAGAAACAACGCAGCAACGUGAAGAACUAGAAAUAGCAGUAGCUCCUACUGCUCUCAUAGGCCUUCAAGCAUUAGCUGUGCAUGCUAGAAACAAUAACUCGUCUGGCACGCUUUUGUUAGGCACCUCAGCAUUUCAAGUUUCCAGUUUGCCUUCACUUACGGUUUUACUUCUCAAUGAUGUCAUGUGAAUGUAAUGGCUUGAAACCCCUGCCUUCCAGCCACCUCAUUGGUUUGAAACACUUUAUUCGUUAAGCCAAAACACUGCAUGAUACACUGUUAUCACAUUGCUUCUGGGCAUUCCUUUUUAUGUUUCUGCUAAUCAAAAACAGCACUAAGACUAAGAUGAGAUUCUCACCUCUUAUGCUAGUCCUGCACAAUGCAGUACAAACACAUCCUGAGAGAACUAUCUGACAGUUCCUUGUAGUUCUCUGGCAACCUUUUUAUUUAAGCAAGCAAAAAAGGGUAACUUUCAGCAAUACAUUUUCCUAAUGGAAGAUGAAAUGAUACGAUAUUUUAAUCUAACACUUUUCUAAUACACAUAUUUAGAGGAUCCCUGCGUUUUCAGAGAUACAAGGUUUUAUUCUGGUCCACACAGACUUGCUGUAACCCUCUCGUUUCUUAAGAAUCAGGAAUUUUUUUGAAACCGAAGCCUCACUGAGCU